GGGAGGGGAGUGUAUGAUGCAUAUGCAGAGUCUUGAAUCAAUAUCCAUCUUGGCGCAUGAGCAAUUGGCAAUUGGUUUCGUGGCACUACUCAUGUUUGGUUUAGAAAUCACUUGCUAGAGGCUCGUAUUAAUAUGGCUCUCUCCCUCUGUCUUUCACACUCGGGUAGAUGUACUUUGUACAAUACAACACAAUACAAUACAAUCAGAUAAGAUCGGGAUCAGGGUAAGCGGAUGGACGGUGGAGCAUCCAAGCACACAAAACAUCAAAAGAAGGUUUGCAGGAACGACGCACCGAAAUUACUCCACGGGAAACCGACGAGUAGACGUCGAACAACGUUUCAACGUUUCUGUCUAAGAGAGCAGGGGAGAGGGGAGAGGGGAUGUAUGGGCUGAUGCUGCAUUGGCGGAUAAGAAUUUAAAGUUGCUGCACAGGGUAUCACUUGUGAACUUCUGGGGUAUGAAGGAUCUUCAUAAGUAUCUACUGCCCCAAGAUUUUGAUGUCAUUCUUUCAUUGAUUCGAGAUUCUUACAUGAUAUUCCAACCGUUCAUUUUGACUUGUCGUCUUCAACGUCACCAGAAUCAUCACACCUCCCAUCCCACAACAACCACAUCUCCAUUAAAACCCCAUACCCCAUAACCCAACCACCCAACCCCAACCUCAACCUCAACCAUGGUCUCCCCCAUCCCCACCCUCCUAACCACGCAAUUCCUCCUCUCGCACCUCCUGCAAUCCGCGCGUCUUCCACGGCGCAUCCUCCACAAAACCUCCAACGUAGCCCCCCGCCAAGACCUCGCCAACUACCCGCCUAAAGAUCUCUCCCCCUCCACCAUCGCCAUGUUACUCCGCUGGGAAGCCGCCCAGCAAAACGCACUAGACAAUUACCCCAUCUUUGCUGCCGCCGUCCUCUUUGCGUCUUUCAGAGGCGUCUCCGAAGACACGAUUGCGAGCCUGGGUUGGUCCUAUGUGGGUGUGCGAUUGGCGUAUUGGGUUGCGUAUGUGGGGGUCGAGAGUGUGAAGUGGAGUUUUUUGAGAAGUGCCGCUUGGUGGGUGGGAAAUGGACUUUGUUUUUGGUUGUUGAGGGAAGGGGGUAGGGCUUGAGUUUUGAGAGAGAGAGAGAGAGAGAGAGACAGAUUUGGAGGGGCGGAAAGGAUAUUCGGAUUCGAGCUGGGUGGGUGGAAUGGAAAACGAUCAAAGCUGUGAAGAUGAGGGACAGUGCUUCGUAGAGAUACGGAAAAAUGCUUAUAGCAUAUACCUGUCCAUCUUUUGUACAUCGCUUCAUAUUUUACCAGUCUCGAAAUUUUGGGCACUUUCUGUCAUGUCCUGAAAUAUUGAAUGUUCAGGGAUUUACA